CCCUCAAGACGGCUGAGCUCCCACACGGCGACCUCGAGUCCCGUCCGUGUGCGUAAUCUAGCCUAAAUCCCGGGCAACCUUUCGGCCAGGCACGCCAGGUGACCCAGCCAUGGGUUCAGGCCGACGCUCAGCCCACUGAUGGCGCCCGCCGGCCUGUCGCCGAGCUCGGAGGCCGGAGCCUCGCCUCCCGCCCGCUCGCGCACCAUUUCGAUAUCCGGUUUUGAUCUCCAAAGCCUGAAAUCCGGCUCGGAAAUCCAAGCGGCCUUCCGCGUCUUGAAUCAGGAAGAGGAUCGCGUCAACGCGGAAUUGAGUCAAUUGCUAGCGCGACAUUCCUUGAUCGAAUCCCAACUGCGGCAUUUGUCCACUUCGGUGCCGCAAUUGCAAGGCGUUCAGCAUGAAGCCGAGAAACUGAGUGCCCUGAUCAGCACCACCGCCCAAUUGGCCCAAGGCGUCUCCUCCAAGGUCAAGCAAUUGGAUCUGGCCAAGAAUCGGGUUUCCGAGUGCCAACAGCGGGUCAAUGAUCUGAUCGAUUUGAAACUCUGCUCGGACGGUGUGCAAAGUGCGCUCCAAGAUGAGGACUACGAGCAAGCCGCGGCUCAUCUUCAUCGAUUUCUGGCCAUGGACGAAGCCCUGUUGAAGCUGACCGCCUCGGAAAUGCAAGACGAAGGUGGAGCCAUGCACGACGCCAGUCGCUUGGAUCAAGCCCUGAAGACCUUGCAUCAGGCCGAGAAGACCGUGGCCGAAGUGGUAGCCCUCAAAUUCGAUGAAGCCGUGCAGGCCGAGGAUCUGGCCUCGAUCGAGCGAUUCUUCAAGAUUUUUCCCCUUAUUAAUCUGCAUGACAUGGGAUUGGAGAAGUUCACCGUGUAUUUGCGAGAGAAGUUGCAAGGCACUUGACAAUCCAACCUCAAGCAGGCAAUUGAAACUACGCCGACGGACCCAAGGGUACAUAUCAUCUUUGCCGACACAUUGACCCUACUUUUUGAGGGCAUCGCCCGCACCGUGGAAAUUCACCAACCUUUGAUUGAGACAUUUUACGGGCCUGGCCGGCUCCUGAAAGUGCUCACCGUUCUACAAGAAGAGUGUGACCGACAAUCUGAACGUAUCUUGGCCGAGUUUGCCCAAAAACGCGCUUUGAAGUCCAAAGUAUCUCGGGUCCGUGAUGCCCUUUACAAGUCUUCCUCAACUGGACACCAAGAUAAGAUCGAAGCCAAAGAACUCGACCACGUUCUGAGCGAAAUGGUGUUGCUUCAAGCUCGAUCAGAAAUGUACUACAAAUUCAUCCGGAAGCGCGUUACGACGGACGUUGAAGUGUCUUCGGAUGAUGAAACUACGAAGAAGACCAAACUGGGAGCCAUGGAGAAGCUGAUCGUCAGCUCAGGCCUCUGCCAUGGGAUUCAACUACUUUUGUCGGACUAUAUUCUACUCGAAGACUAUUUCAUGUCUCAGAACAUUCAAAAGGCCAUGUCCUCGGAUGCCAUUUCGCCUUCCGAUGGAUUAACGUCCGCCAUGCUAGACGAUGUGUUCUUCUUGGUUAAAAAAUGCGUCCAGCGAGCCGUGUCCAGUCAAAAUGUGGACGGUGUCUGUGCGGUAGUGAAUAACGCGUGUGGCAUUCUGGAGCAAGACCUUUGCGGACUCCUUCAAGGACAAUUGCGCAUGGGAAUUCCUAGCGGAUACAUGGAUCAAGCCUAUAACGUCAUUCAAACAUCUUUACAGCAAGGCAAGCUUCACGCCAAUGACACUGAAAAGCAACGACUGGCGUUUCUGACUGCCUUGAACAAUGCGGAUUGUGCUCGAGAUUACGUUUCACGCCUGUCAAAGUCUCUGAAUCAAGAUAUCUCCAACAUGGUUUACAACCGAUCCCAGCACGACAAGGAUAAAGUGGACAAUUGCCUCACUGGCUUCAUCGCCUCGUCCGACAAACUGAAGUCCGUCCUAGAUAUGGGAAUCCAACAACUGAGGCAAACUGUAGUGAAACCCAGGAUCAAGCCUUGGAUUGAAUCUUUCGUUUGUCAUGAUAUCGACGAAAACUUGUUCUCCGAAUACGAGGCCAAUGAUCCUUUCAUUCAAACGUUCAUUCUAAACUUAGAUGGCCUCUUGGGUAGCUUUAAAAAGUCCUUAACGGAGCAAAACUACGAUGAACUGGUGGCCAUUCUCACCACAGAAGUGACUCUUCAGCUGGAGAAAGUUGUCCUGAAGUCCAAGUUCAGCCGCCUGGGAGGUCUUCAAUUUGACCGGGAAGUUCGAUCUUUGGUAUCGUUUUUGACCAGUAUCACGACAUGGUCUAUUCGGGACAAGUUCACUCGACUUACCUUGAUGGGCACGGUUCUGAACUUGGAGACUGUCGGAGAAAUGACGGAUGUUUGGGACUCUUCAUGGAAACUAACCCAAACUGAGAUCAAGCAAGUCUUGGGACUGAGAACCGACUUUAAACCUGAGGAUAUCAAACGGCUGAGAUUGUGAUUUGCCACUUGUACCCGAUUGUGUGAUAUGGAUAAAUUUCUUCCUUUUUUUAAGACUUGCGAUCUUACAAAUUAUAAUAUUAUUAAAAAAAAAAUCUUCUAGAACCACUUGUUUGAAUUCAUCAAAUUUUGAGAACUUUAUAGCUCAUGAAUUGCAUUUAAAGUCGGUGCAAGCUAAAAGAAAUUAAAUCGGUGUUUUUUUUUUCAA